AUGCAUCUGUGGCAGGCCACUGUACCCUUCUGCCUUUUGGCUGCUGCCGCCCUGCCGGGCGCAGCUGCGUCGGCUUGGGGCUUUACUGAUGCCACCGUGGCCGUUCAACACAAAGGCGCUGGUGUCAAUGGAGGUUUCAAAGAGCAGCUCACUGCCUCCAAGCCGCUCUCCAAGCCCGUUUCAAUCAUCGACGCUGAUACCUUACGCGUCACCUUGACAGCUCAGGAAGGAAGCUCCCCGAAGCGCCCUCACCAGGCUUUCCUUCUGCUGAAGGAUGCUCAUACUGGAUUGGAUAUCUCCUAUCCGUUUACCGUCAAGGAGAAUGGCAAGUCAAGGGUGGAAUUAACCAAGAAAGACCUGCCAAUCCAGUUCCUCUCCCUCCCCGAACCUGUUGAUGCCCGUGUGGUGAUCGGCGGACUUGGUACAUCGGACGCAUAUGACAGCUCUGUGUUCCAAUUGUCCAUUGAUCGCAACCCCGAACUCGCCGUGCCGACCGUCGAGACUGACCGUUAUGGCAAGAAGCCUGAGAUCCACCACAUCUUCAAGAACUCCCCGUCCAACCCCCCCAUUGUCAUUACUCUGGCCUUUGUCGCCAUGGUGGGCGCGGCUAUUCCUGUUCUUGCUGGUUUGUGGCUCCUCCUCGGUGCCAACGUCAGCCACCUUCCCACUGCUUUCAAGUCCGCCCCUCUUCCUCAUGCCGUAUUCCUUGGAUCAUUGGUCGCCUUCGAGGGAAUCUUCUUCCUCUACUACACCUCGUGGAACCUGUUCCAGAUUCUGCCCGCUGUGGCCAUUGUCGGCGCAGUCGCAUUCAUCAGUGGAAGUCGUGCACUGGGUGAGGUGCAAGGUCGUCGCCUUGCUGGUCUCCGUUAA